AUGGGGCCCCCAGGAAAGGAGGGUUUUCCUGGUCACGCUGGCCUGCGUGGGUUUAAAGGUGACAAGGGCCAGCUGGGGCCUGAGGGACGUGCAGGGCGACAGGGGGAUCCAGGCCCCCCCGGCCCACCUGGCCUGCCCUCUUUCUACCUGUGGAAGAACACCGUUGAGGAGUGGGCUACUUUUCAGCAAACCUCUUUCUACCAGUUGCUCUACGCUGGCUGGCCUAGGGAGCAGGGACCCCCAGGACCAGCUGGGGAGAUGGGGAAGCCAGGCCCACAGGGGCCAACAGGUGAUCCUGGCCAACGAGGGCCUCCAGGAAUAAUGGGAGAAAUGGGUGAGCCGGGACCAAAUGGUGUGGUGGGCAGAGCAGGGCUCCAUGGGAAAGAUGGAGAGAAUGGGCAGGACAGCCAGCCUGGGACGCUGGGCGAUCCUGGGCGACAGGGACCUUUGGGGUACAGGGGAGAAGAAGGUUCUAAAGGAGAAAAGGGGGAUAAGGGCCUUAUUGGAGCAAAGGGUCCAAGAGGCCGUAUGGGAGAACCGGGCGAGAAGGGCUCCAUUGGUUUACCAGGCCGUCACGGUUUUGUUGGUCCACCAGGGCCUCAGGGAGUCAGAGGGGCCACGGGACCCGAGGGCCCCCCCGGCCCUGAUGGGGAGGCUGGGUUUGAUGGGCCUCCAGGGCCUCCUGGGUCAAUGGGAGCCGCUGGUUUCACAGGCUCUGUCGGCGCUCAGGGAGUUAACGGCUCAAAGGGAGAGUUGGGCCUUGUUGGAGUCAUUGGCCCCAGAGGCCCCCAGGGGCCCCAGGGUUUAGAUGGUGAGAGUGGGCCUCCAGGUCUCAGGGGAAUUCAGGGACAGCCUGGGAUGAGUGGUGCCCCUGGUCCAAAAGGUGACCCUGGGCCAAUGGGGAUGAUGGGUAUCCGGGGUGAGCUAGGGUUCGAGGGGCCCAUGGGCCCACUGGGAACACAAGGUCCAAUGGGUUUCCCUGGUAUUACUGGUAAAAGAGGACCAGACGGGGAUAAAGGAAACCCUGGAACGAAGGGGGAGAGAGGUGUUCAGGGUGCUUCAGGCAUCCAAGGGCCUCAGGGAGAGAGGGGUCCCAGUGGCCCCCUUGGCUUUACAGGACUCCAAGGUCAACCUGGCACUAAAGGAAUUGAGGGGGAGAAUGGAGAGACUGGCCCUCAGGGAAAACUGGGCAGAGAGGGGUUGAAGGGGAAUCGGGGAACAGAUGGGCGCAACGGCAAGCCUGGACACAGAGGAACCAAGGGUCGCAUGGGACAGAGAGGGAAUGUUGGCCAGCCUGGUCAACCGGGCUUGCCAGGCCCUCCUGGGACAGAGGGACCAGAAGGAAAGCCUGGUACACAGGGUCUCUCUGGUUCAGUGGCAAUAACUGGCAGUAAAGGCCUAAAGGGAUACCAGGGCAUUGCUGGAGAGCCAGGUCCAGACGGCCCCACAGGACCUUCGGGCCCACCUGGAUGGACAGGACCAACAGGUAUUCCAGGUCUGCUGGGAGAGAGGGGCUUCACAGGGAAGGAAGGUGUGGAGGGACCCCAGGGCCCAGUAGGCAUAUAUGGUUUCCCGGGUAACAUAGGAAUGCGUGGUACAACAGGACACAUGGGAGAGAGGGGAGAGACAGGUGUGAGAGGCCUGCCUGGUCCUACUGGGAAGCCUGGACCUCUAGGUUUAUCAGGACCUCCUGGGGAGAGAGGCCCUCCUGGACCUCAGGGUCGGCUGGGGGAUCUGGGACCCACAGGGCCAGAGGGCCUACAGGGACCCCCGGGUCUGCAGGGCUCAGAUGGAGGGACAGGGAAGCCGGGGCCCAGGGGAAGCAGAGGGCUUCCAGGGACACAAGGCCCUGACGGACCAGCAGGAAUCCCAGGAAUUUCAGGUGCUGGUGGACUCAUAGGACCAGUAGGGGAAAGAGGAGAAAUGGGUAUGCUGGGACCUCCUGGUGUUCUUGGUCCUCCUGGACUGGAUGGGGAACAGGGUACUCCUGGCCAAUCAGGGUUGGAGGGGCCACCAGGAACAAAAGGGGAACAGGGGGACAUAGGGCCUUGUGGGAAGCUUGGUCCUCCAGGGCAGCCUGGAGAUCGAGGCCUACAGGGGCUCAAAGGGUUGCAAGGCUCUCAUGGACCAAUGGGAAAAGAGGGUGAUGUUGGACCUACUGGCGAUGCCGGUGGUCCAGGUUCCAAAGGGGAGAAGGGUGAUGUGGGGCCUCUGGGGCCAACAGGGCGGGAGGGUCCAUGGGGGCCGCUGGGGGAGAAUGGGGAGAAGGGACCAAAAGGAGAAAAGGCCUACAUCGGACUUAUGGGUCAGUCAGGAUUUAUGGGAGGAAUAGGACCUGCAGGCUUGUCAGGGCUACAGGGUAUCAUGGGCCCCAGGGGGCCUCCAGGGCCAGAUGGACCUGAAGGAGAGAAGGGGGAGUCUGGGACUAGCGGAGACAUCGGACCUCCUGGCAAAACAGGGCCUCUGGGGGUGGCUGGAGUCUCAGGGGUCAGAGGUGACCCAGGGAAGCCAGGAGCACAGGGUCCAGUAGGGAAGGUUGGGCCUGAGGGAGACUUGGGCCAUAAAGGUGAGCUAGGACCAGACGGAGAGAAAGGGGAGCCAGGGGGACUAGGCGAGCCAGGAGAACAGGGGCUUGACGGUCUGCCAGGAAUCAGAGGGCCACCAGCACUUCCUGGUUUAGAGGGGCCACAGGGUGAGGUGGGAGCCCAGGGGCCAGAAGGUCCCCCAGGGGUGCUGGGUGUCAGGGGAAGCCAUGGAGCUGAGGGACAACAGGGAGUGAAAGGAGAGAAGGGAGAUGAUGGCAGAGAUGGAUCACCUGGAAAGACAGGUCACAUCGGAAGGAGGGGGAAAAGAGGCAAGGCUGGAAUCAGGGGCACAAGAGGAGAGAGAGGACCAAAGGGAAAGAGGGGAAAUGUGGGAUUGACUGGUCCUCCAGGAUGGGCCGGGUCUAUAGGAAUCCCAGGCUUGCGAGGAGACAGAGGGGAUCAGGGUGAAAAAGGGAGCGAGGGAGAGAAGGGGGACAUGGGGCCGCUCGGUCCGCCAGGGGGUGAUGGCCUAAAGGGUAGUCAGGGUCCUGUUGGGGUGCCAGGACAGACAGGCCCAAAGGGAGACCAGGGGAAUAUUGGACCAUCCGGGCCAAGAGGAACUCCUGGGAUGCCAGGACUACCUGGUUUGUUUGGAGAAAAGGGUUUGAAAGGCUUUGAGGGAUUUCCUGGGCAACCUGGGAAGAAGGGCCUGCCGGGCGCACCUGGACUCCCAGGACUUCCAGGUCCUUCAGUGAAUAUGAACCUUACUCAACUCAAGGACCUGAUGUACCUGUCAGACAAGCCCAACUACCCCCUGAUCCAGACCCUGCUGGACUCUCUGCACCAGGACCUGAGGCUGCUGGUGGACCCCCCUGACGGCAGCAAGGAGCACCCUGCCACCACCUGCAUGGAGCUGUGGCUCUGCCAUCCCGAUUACACCAGUGGGAUGUAUUACAUUGAUCCUAACCAGGGCAGCCCUGCUGAUGCUCUCCUGGCCUACUGCAACUUCUCUGGCACAGCUGCACACACUUGCCUUCACCCCAGAGAUGCCCAGAUGCCCAUGAAGGCCUGGCUUAAGGAUUCAGAGACAAACAGCUCGUUCCAAUGGCUCAGCAAGCAGGAACAAGGAUUUCAGUUCUAUUAUCCAGGGGCCAAUGUGGUCCAGAUGCGCUUCCUGAGGUUGCAGAGUUGGAGAGCUGUGCAGAAGAUCACCUACACCUGCCACCCGGGACACAGACUGGGCCACACAGACAGAGAGGUCAAGUUCCUGACAGACACAAGGAGACAGAGUUACUUAGGAGCACUUAAAGACUGCAUGCCGGGAGAAGAGGUGGACCCGCUGGAGCCGCGGGAGUCUGUGUUUGAGUUUGAAGACCUCAAUCUGCUUCCUGUGAGAGAUGUGGCUGUGUUCGGGGGCGGAAUUGUCGCACGCAAGUUUGGCUUCACCAUCGGGCCCGUGUGUUUCAGCUAGAGAGGGAGACAUGGGGCCCAAAGGCUCAUUUUCCACCUCCUUGGACUCACAGAGAUGGGAUAAGAGCCUGUGUUCAGGACCCCAAGACAACUAGAGAACAAGAAGACAAAGGGAAUCGCUCCACCAUUUUGUGAGGGCAUCACUCCUCUUUCCAUUUGAUAUUUUUGGUGGAGAUCAAUCAAUUCUCUAGUCGACGUUCUCCACAUAAAUGACUCUUUGAGCGGGCAUCAAUUUCCAAAGUUCUUUCGCACAAUUGUGUUUUAGUUUACAUAGAUGUUUAUCAUGUAAUGAAUAAUUUAUAUAAUGUUGUUUUGAUUUCUAUAUAUAAUGGUUAUUUUGAACCUAUUUCCAUUUGUUUUCACAGCAGCAGUUUAUUAUGCUGUAAAGCUUUCCAUUAUAGCCAACAACCUAUUUUGUAUAUGAACAGUCCUAUGCCCUAAAGGUCUGUUUUGUAUCCGAUGCAGCGGAUUCAACCUCUCUACAAUGUGUUCCAUUUGGGCACAGCUAAUGUUGUCCUAUAGGUCAUCACUGACCUUCCCAAAGUUGCUCACUGAAAAACCACUGCUUGUACUUGAGGAGCCAAGGAACUCGCUUUUGAGUUGUUGAGCUUGUUUCUUCAGAUUAGAUAAUGACCAAUCUGUUCUAAAACCCUGAUCUCUUGUAAUUAACCGAUUCCCUCCCUGUUGGCAGUGAUGGACACAAGAAAACCCUCUUUCAGCCAUGCUUGACAUUUGUACAUUUACUGGCCUAUUUCUUAUUUGUAAAAAAAAACAUGCACCGCAUACUAUCAGUACUCGUUUCAGCUCAUUCUUAUGGUACAGUCUCAGGUGCAGUCUUGAUAUUCAACACGGCACUGAAGCUGCUGUGCACACUACAUGAUGUAUAUUAUGUGCAUUCAAACCUAACUAAAUUGAAGUGCUAUAGAUCUAUUUCAAGUAUUCUAAUAAAGAGGCAUUAUGUUGGACGGCUGGCUCUCCUGCCCAAGCACUUUAGCACUGAGCAAUUGCUUUCCGAGUCAUCUUUUUGUUCAAUCAAUUAGCCUAAGUGCUGAAGCCCAAAGAAAAGCAGCAUACCCUGUCCCUGCAGUUGCUCAGCAAUGCCAGGAUUGCUCAAGAGGUGGGGGUUCAUUAUUGGCCUGUGUUCACAAAGUGUUUCAGAGUAGGAGUGCUGAUCUCAGAUCAGUUUAGCCUUUUAGAUCAUAAUU